UUUUCAGCGCAUAUGCAUCGUUUAGAGAGCAUCCAGUUGUGUUAUUGUUUUCAGUGUUUUGAUAUAGUUGAGUUUAUAAGGGAAAACUGUUUUUGAAUUUUUAAGAAUGGGAGCAAAAUAUGAGGAUGCAAAGUACGAAGACUCUAAAUUCAAGGAAUCGGCCGAUGACGACUUCAAUUCGGAGUCCGUUGAGGUGUUACGAGAACGCCUUAAUACGAUGAAACGACUGAUGGCCGAACGGACAAACAGCAAUAAUGCUGAGGAUUGGUCCAGACCGCAUCACACUACAACAGGAAUCAUUGAUGGAAACUUUUUGAGCGUAGCAUUCGCAGGUGCUUUGCUGGUCAUUGUCACAGUGUCAGUCUAUGCAUUUUACAACCUCUACACUGCGGUCCUUCGAAGGUUCCCUUCUCAUCACACUGAGCUUUAAAGGGAAGGCGUAAACGCCCGACAUCCGUGUUUACAUGUAAACUAUGAUUUGUUAAAGAAUUAUUCUUCCUGAAAUUUAGGCAAGUUACUCCAUUUUUUCAUGUGUAAAUUCGAAUCGAAUUUUAUAAUGUGGAAAUUGUGUCAAGCGUUUUCUAUCUCUAUCAAAUAAGUCAGGAAUUGUAGCUUUGAAUUUCGCAAUUCUCUAUUUAUAUAUGAAUAAAUAAUUAUAACAGUGAUUAACAUCGA